AUGAUAAUAUAUUAUUAUGAGAAGUUGUUAUUUUUGGACCAGAUUAAAUUAUCUGGUAUGGAGGAAUAUUUAAAUUGCUUCUUGAAUUUACGGAAGAAUAUAACCACCUACUGUUACAUUUAAAAUUAAGAUUUUUCAUUCAAAUGUAUUAUUUUAUAUGAUUUAUGAAAGUUUUAUAAAGAUGA